UCCUCUUCCUCCAUUCAGAUGGACCCUGCCCUCUCUAUGUACUCCCCCCAGUACUACCAAUACCCGCAAUCCCAACAGUCGCAUCAACACCUCAAUCCCCCGUCGGCUGUACCAACCAGUCUUUCCUCACCCUCUUCUCAAGGCUCCGAGACGAUGGCAACACCACCAACAGAGUAUGCUGCGUCCACCAGCACGAACGCAAACGGGAAGAGACCAGUGUCUCCUCGCGCGCAGCUCAGUAAUGGUCAGAAAAAGCCGCGGAAGGAUGAGGAUGUGGAUGAGGAUGUAUUGGCAGAGAAAGGGGACGAGCCCACGAAAGCAAAACCCACGCGUGGAUCGCGAGCGUGUACAGUGUGUCGACGGCUCAAGAUGAAGUGUGUGGGAGCGGAGAAUGGUCCACCAUGUAAACGCUGUCAAGCGGGGAAUCACGAGUGCAUUUUUGAGGAAUCAAAUCGCGGAAAGAGAUCUACAAAAAAACAUGAGAUUCUCACUCGCUCUCUGCGAAAAAUGGAGCGUACUUUGGAUACCAUCUUUCGCUCUCUGGGCGCUCCGCCAUCUGAUGGGCCUUCGAGAUCGCCAUCCCCUCCCGGCCAACCGCCACCGUCUGGCGAGACGCACCCCCUCCUAGCAUCCCCUACCCCUUCGCCAAGACAGCUACAUCGGAGAAAUACAGAUCAACCGCCAGCGUCACCGAAACUGCCAUCAUUACCAGAUGAUUCGCUCAACCCCUUGGGUCUGCUGGCUGAGGCUAGCCUUGCGAACCGACGCGCUCAGGCCGGAGGCAAGUCGGAUCUGGCUUCUACGGCCAUGUUGACGCGAACAUCGGAGCCGUCGAGGAUGGGUGUUGCGAGUGACCUAUACUUUAAGCCAGGUCCAAUGAGUAUAUUGCCUCUACGACGAUUAUAUAUUGAGCGACAGAUUCAACCUGAGAUGCUGAGCUUCGUGAGUACGGAAGAAGUGAUAGCGCUGUUCAAAAUAUAUUUUGAUCACAUGAAUAUACAUUGUGCCCUGCUGGAUGCUGAGUAUCACACCCCAGCGCUAGUCUGCUCGCGAUCGCCUUUCCUGCUCACGACCAUUUGUGCGAUCGCGGCGAGGUUCUAUGAUGCUCGUGCCGAGCUAUACCCGAGAUUAACUGAAGUAGCGAAGAAGCUGGCGUUCAACGUGCCGGCAAAGGGCUACAAAUCCGUUGAGAUCGUCCAGGCGUAUUUACUGAACACGCUCUGGGGCUGCGGGCCGGUGGAGCGUUACGAGCAGGAUCGGACAUGGAUGCUGCUCGGAAUGGGCAUCAGGCAAGUGAUUACUAUUUCGAUGGCGAUCGACCUAAAUAUGCAUCGGCGCACGGAGGUCUCGAGCGACGAUUCAGAAGAGGGCCGUGCGCGUGAUCGGGAGCUGCACAACCGAGAGCGCACAUGGAUUCUGUGCUUCAUUCUGGAUCGAAGCUUCAGCGCCCAGAUGGGCAAGCCCUAUACCAUCAAGGAGGACUUUAUCGUACGCAAUGCUUCGUCGUGGUACCGAUCGCCGGUGGCUAUGCCCUCCGACGCUUAUACGGCAGCACUCGUGGACCUACAACGUAUCCUUACACGUAGUCUUGAUCUGCUCUACUCGGGCAACACCACCUCGUCAGGGCUGCAAGUGGACUGUGACUAUCUUCUUGUCAUCAAGACGAUGGAGACGCAGCUGCUCGCGUGGCAGCACGAGUGGCUCAAGAUCAGGAAGGUCCACCUCGCAUCGAAGAUGGACGUACUCCGGAAAUACAGCCAGCUCAGCUGCGAGCUUUACUUCCACUACGCCAUGCUCACCAUCAACUCGUUCGGGCUGCAGAAUGCGCUGCAGCGCUCUCCGGUGGACAUUGGACAUUUCUUCACACGAUGCCAUUUGUCCGCGGUGAAGUGCGUGACGAUCAUCCGCGACGAGUUCGGCCCCCUUGGGUACCUCAAGUACGCGCCGGACUCCCUUUUCGUACAGGGAUCGUAUGCAGUUCUCAGCCUGUUGAAGCACCUACGUCCAGAGUUCAAGGCGUUCCUAGAUCACGAGCAGAAGACGAUAGCCCUCGUCAAGGAUGUUGCAGGUGUCUUCGAAAGCGUUGCUGUCAGCCCUCUACACACGCCGGCCCUGUACAGCGUUUUCCUGCGCGCACUUAUAUCGGCACGAACGGAAGCUAAUAGCAUUGCUCCUACAAUCCGCGGCGCCGAGGACGAGGACCAAGAGGAGUCUGCUCCCGGGGCGCGCAAGGAGACAGAGCCUUCGACUCCAUCCGAGCCCGACAUUACACAUUCGAACAGCCAGCAGGCGGCAUCUCUGUCGGCACCUGCAGCGUCUGAUCCGUUCGCGGGAUACUUCCAGAACGGCGAAAUGGGGCCAGUGGCAGACAUAUCGACGUUCCCACCGACGAUGGCCCCCAGCCCGACCCAGCUGGACAUGAGCAUGCUCUCGAUGGAUAGCAUCCUGAGCGCCGACUUUUGGGACAACGUCCUCGUUCCAGGAUCCUCGAAUACGUUGGAGAGCCUGAGCAAUGGCUUCGUUUACGGCGCGGGCGGGAGCGGGCUGAUUACGCCGCGCAUGUGGACGUCUUCGCUUCCUUCGAUGCCGGGUAGUCCUGGCCAGAACACCGAUGGUCGGGCGGGCGAGUAUGUCCAUGACAAGAGCCAGCACACAUUCGGCCGCGUGCAGUCGCACGCGCUCAACUCGUGACGAUGGAGGCUAGCCUAAAACUACUUAUCACUGUUUCCCGCGUCGUGAUACACAUUCUAUCGUUUCCUUUUCCCUUUGCUUUUUUGCUCUGUCAUCGAGCUUACUGUAGGUCUCUAAUCUCGCCGAGCGUUGUCGUAGCUAGUCGUAAUCCCGUUAUAGUA